GGCACGAGCCUCGUCGGGAAAAACAGAAACAAGAGUCAAGAUGGCAGCUGGAGCCGAGCACGGGCUGAAGAAGAUAGUGUGGCAAAAAAUAAGGGACACUAUUAUAGCAGACUGCAGAAAAUCAGAAGUAUGGAAGAUAAUGAUAUUGGACAGCUUCACCACACAACUCCUGUCGUUGUGCUGCAAAAUGUCCGACUUGAUGGCCGAAGGGAUCACGAUUGUGGAGGACCUGUUCAAAAGCAGGGAGCCAGUCCUAGAGAUGAAGGCUGUCUAUUUCAUGUCCCCUACUGCAAAGUGUGUUGAUGCAUUCAUCAAUGACUUCAAGCUGAAACCCAAGUACAAAGCAGCCUAUGUCUACUUUACAGACUAUUGUCCAGACGACUUGUUCAGCAAAAUGAAGGUGUUCUGUGCAAAGCAUAUCAAAGUGUGUAAAGAGAUCAACAUGUCCUUUCUUCCCCUGGAGGCACAAGUGUUUACAUGUGGGAAUCCAGGGACCUUCAGGAGCAUCUACAGUCCUCAGAGUUCAGACCGAGGCCAAACUCUGGAGACCCUCGCUGAUCAGCUGGUCACUCUGUGUGCCACCCUGGAUGAGUAUCCUGGUGUUAGAUAUAAGAAAGAUUCAACACUGGAUUAUGCCAAAAUACUGGCUGAGCUAGUGGACAACAAACUGGCCCGACAUUAUGAGCUGGAUGACAACGGCAAGAAAAAGGAAAAGACCCAGGCUCAGCUGAUUAUCGUUGACCGUGCUUUUGACUCUGUGAGCCCAAUACUGCACGAGCUAACCUACCAAGCCAUGGCUUAUGAUCUCAUCCCCAUCAAGAACGAUGCCUACAAAUUCAAAGCAAAGGAUGGUUCAGAAAAAGAAGCUUUGCUGAAUGAAAGUGAUGAGCUGUGGGUCAAGCUACGACAUUUGCACAUUGCUGAGGUCACUGAACAAAUCCCCAAACUAGUGAAAGAGAUUUCUGCCAACAAGAAGCCUACAGAUGGGAAGAUCUCAAUAGGAGGCUUAAAGCAGCUCAUGAAGCAGAUGCCUGUCUUCCGUAAACAGGUGGCUGAGAAAACGGUUCAUCUUACGCUGGCAGAGGACUGCAUGAACAAGUUCCAAAGCUCCGUGGAGAAGCUGUGCAAAGCAGAGCAGGAUCUUGCUGUUGGUUCUGAUGUUGAAGGUCAGAAGGUAAAAGACCCCAUGAGGACGCUGCUUCCUGUUCUUCUGAACCCCCACUCCACCCACGAUAAAAUCAGAGCGGUGCUGCUUUACAUCUUUGGACUCAAUGGGACGACGGAGGAGAACUUGACUAAACUGAUUCAGCAUGUGAAGAUUGAGGGGGAGAGUGAGUACAUUACGAACUGGAAAGAGCUGGGGGUGCCCAUCAUUUCCUCGUCAAGUUUUUUCUCCUCCCGAAAGCCCUCUCGAAGAGAUCGCUCCCAGGAAGAGAGAUACAACCUCUCACGAUGGGUGCCUGUCAUCAAAGAUCUGAUGGAGGAUGCCAUUGAGAAUAAGUUGGACACACGGGAUUGGCCAUACCAGUCCGAGUGUCCUUCUGCCUGGAAUGGGUCAAGAGCUGUGAGUGCAAGGCAGAAACAUAAGCCCAGCAGUCAGGAUGACCACAGGACAGGCUCACGUCUCAUCGUCUUCAUCUUGGGUGGAGUCUGUCACUCAGAGAUGCGCUGUGCCUAUGAAGUCACACAGGCCAACAAGUCCUGCGAGGUUAUCAUUGGUUCCUCUCACAUCCUCACUCCGACGAGCCUGCUGGAGGGCAUCCGUGACCUCAGCAAAAAGCCUAUGGAUACUUUUACGAUAGUGGAGGAGACAGCAUGAGCAGCCUGAAUCCUCUUCUAGCGCCCACUUGUUUUCUACUUCUACCCUGCUUUUCUCCUCUGCUCUGCUCUCCUCUUCCCCUCUUCCCCUCUUCAAACGACUCAGCCCUCAACCUCUAUGACACAGGACAAAAGGGAACUAGUAUGUGAUCUGUGUGUACUCCUUUAGGGCAGAGGGUCCCAGUCCAGUCACAUUUUCCUUACAGGCCCAUCUACUGUUACAUCUCCUGUUACCUCAGAUAAGCAGGUCUUUGGAGCUCUCAUUGCCUGGCUGAGAUGUGUCAGCUACAGUAAAAUGAGAUCACAGACUGGCUAGGGACCUCUGAGUACCGGAGCUCUGCCUUAGGGCCUCAUAGUGCACCUUCGUCAUUCCUACUUGCGUAACUUUUGAAAAUGCACUAGACGCAAAAUGUCCAGGAAAGUUUGUCCUCUUAGUGUGAUCAUUUACUUAAAACAAGUUUGGUUUGCUUCAUUAGUUUUGCACUAGAGCUAUAUUUACUUAAUGUUGCUAUAAAGCAAUGCAAACAAGCAUCACACAAACUAUAUACCUGAAUGGUCUCAUGCUUUUCUCAGACUGCCACAUUUUGUUAAGUAAUUGGUUUGAGAUGAGCUUCCAUUUUGUAUUAGCUGCAUUGGCCUCAUAGCUCCAGUAUGAAAGUAAAGCAGCAAACUGCAGACAGCAAACACAUCUUGGCUUAUUGAAUAGAUUUGGGUAAAAGGGCUUCACCAGUUUUUCAGAAUGUACAUAUAAUUAAAUUGGUAAGAUGUAAACGAAGUCAUUAAGAAUGAUUUGAUGUGAAAUUCCUUAGUUGAGUUGUUCACAGUGGUGGUUUAAAGGAACCAGACGUCUGCCUCAAAGCGAAUUAUUACACGAAAUGAUGGUGAAUGCACCUGUCUUCUGCUGAAUGAGUGCCGGGAUAGGCUCCAGUACCCCCAGAACCGAGGGGGGGGGUAAGCAGCUUAGACGACGAGUGGGCGACCCUGUCUGAUCCAGUUUGUUUUACGAUGGUUUUAUGAUGAGAUUUUGGCCAACGAUGAUUUUUUUAGGAUGCACAUACGCUACUGUAAAGAAAUCUUAAGUUUCUCUACAGUGAACCAUUGCACAUAAAACUAUCCUGAGUUUCUUUGUUUACAUCUCAUCAAUUCCAUUAUGUAGAAAUUUUGAAAAAUUGGAAUUCUCCUCCAAAGGAGAAAACUUAGUCUGAUUUUUGUCUAAUUAUCGCGUUAUGAACUCUCCGGUUUACAUAAACAAUACACAGUCUAUACUAAAGGUGUUAUGAUUUGGUUGGCAUUGUUUAGGUGGUGUGAAGAGACUGUCAUUACGGCUGGGUUGUGGCGGAGCAUUGCUGAUCAAUAGGGUAAGUAUAGAGAUAAUAUAAGGAGAUAGUUUAUAUUAGUGAUGGCACUGUCUGGCGCUAGCUAACCAGGGAUUUCCUAGAACGUUUUCUCACAGACCUUCUGUAUUUAUACAUCACACUAAACGCUGUUAAACAUCUGCCUUUCUAAAACAAUGGAACAUGCAUGUUGUGACUGCUUAACCAUAGACGUGCUUUUUAAACCAGUGUUGCGCAAAGCCACACUGAAGAAUUUGGAAGGAUCUUUACAUACAGAAAAAUUCAGUGUUUUUCCCCACAGAAGUGUGGAUAUAAAAUAUUGCCUUAGUAUUCAGUGGGCAACAGUGGUUCAGCAGCCUUUUUAUAUAUUAAAGUCUUUAUGAAAGGAAUACUCCAGUGUUUUUCUACCUAUUCUCUACUGUAUUGUAUGAUUGAUUGGGCGAUAUGGAAGAAAAAUGAUCAUCACAUUUUUGUGAUGCAUUGUAUGAAUCAUGGUUUUAGUUUUUUUGAGAUUUAAUAAGGUGAAACAUAAAAUAGAACCUGUAGUGCCACAUAGCAAAAAUACAACAACAAUAAUAAUAAUAAUAAAUCUGUACAACUGCUCUGAACAGGCCUGAUUAUGCUGAGUUUGUAAUCAAGCAUGUAGUUAAUGUUCUUUAAGUUCUAAGGAUCUCCAUAAAUGCUCAGAAAAGCAUACUGAGGCAGUUUGUCAUGACAGAAUAUUGCUUUAUUACACAAAAACUAACACAUUUCCUUCAGGGAAGUGAAACCUGUGUUAAUGUACUUUUCAAAGUUAUCUUGACUACUAUGAUAAAAGUGGAGAUUAGGUUAAAAAGAACUGGAGCAGUCCUUUCACCCACAGUCAGGAGUGUCUCCAACUGAAUUCAUUUUUAAUGCUGUAGCAACAAACAGCAAUGAAGGCUCCUGUUGAAAUGUACAAUCUUUUGUACAGUGUUUAAAGGUGUUUCUAGGUCUUUGAGUCGGUUAUGUGGUGCAAGGUGGAUGCAAACCUCUGCUGCCUCUUUACCCUGUGAGGCUGAGAACCGUUACACUGUUAUUGAAGAUCUGUUCACAUCACCAUCGACUUCCAGUCAGCUCUGGAUUUUCACUCGUGUGCCUUUGUUUGAACUUGGAUGAAGUGCCUAGCGACUGUACAUACAUAUUAACUGCCUGCUAGACAAACUAUUUUGCUUGUUGCUCUGUUGCAGUUGCUGAUAUCAGUGAACAUUGUAGUCAUUUUUUAGAACACAUGUAAUUACUUAUCUAACCUUCUGUUGAACAACUGACAAAUAAAUGAAUGACGUGGUUCAAUUAA